AUGCAUGUAUCUCCUCUCAUGUGGCUGCAUGCGUUCCUGUUCGAGUAUAUGCGCGUUUCGCAUGAGUCCAUGUGCGUAUCCUAUCUAUGGCACGUGGUUUGGGACUAUUGGGCGACAGGGAUAAGAAAGAAACUUCUACUGUUAUUUUGGUACUACAAUCGUUGCCCAACUCAAGAUCCAACCAUGAAGCUCUCGGCCAUCUUCCUCCAGGCAAGCGCCCUUCUCAUCGCUACCACUUUAGCAAGCCCACUUCCGGUACCCGAGGAUGGCUCUAUCAGAAUCCCCGUCAAGGGCGCCCCGGCUGAACGUAACGACGGCUCCAUCCGCAUCCCUGUGAAGGGUGCUCCUGCUAAGCGGGACGACGGUGUGAGCAGGAUUCCAGUCAAGGGCGCCCCGGAGAAGGAAACCUACGGCGUCAUCCGGAUCCCUGUCAAGGGCGCCCCAGCCAAGCGUGAGGACGGCUCGAUCAGAAUUCCGGUUAAGGGUGCCCCGAACAAGCCAACUCAGGAGUAG